AUGACCGCAAUCCUCGCUCAUAUAAGAUCAAUCUCGGCGUUGCCCUUGCCAGACCCAAUAUUACCGAAAAUCACCAUCAGGCAUGACUUCUCAUCACAAGCGCCCAGCGAGACUGGCCUGGCGAUCAAAGGACAUUUCGUGAGAGCCACAGGAACUCACGGCAAACGACAACCAGCGUCGCCGUCAGAGGACAUCAAGAUAGCACCACCCUCGACUCCCAAUAUGCGAAGGCCAACUCAAGACAUUCAAUCCCAACCGUUCCACAAGAGAGGCAAAGGGCGCCGUCCCAGGGCGAGAUUUCACCCUCUCGACACGGAUAAUAGCACGAGCGCCAGCAGCCCCCAAAUAUCACAGGUCCCAUCUCUGUCUCCUAUGCUGUCAAAUUCGACCGGCAGCCUCAACUUCAGCUCCCCGAGCUCGCAGGAAUCCUCCGUGGAUGGUUCUAGCGGCAUGCUGACUUUCGCGGUCACCGGGACUGCCACCGCACUGUCAACCGCGACAUCCCCACCGGGUAUUAUCACAGACACAUCGCCGCCCCUCGUACCGGCAAACUCGACCCUGCUGGCUGCCUGGAUUCGGACCCUACCUCCAACCACGGCGCUAUCUACACUUGUCCCGCCUGUUCCUGAGCCUCGGCCGAAUCUGGUCACGCAAUCAUGGUUCUCCGGCACGACACCAACGCCUAUAACGAGCCAGAGUGCGGCUGGAACUUCGGUCCCCAGCCAAAGCGGGAACGCCAGCUGCCCCUUUCAAGCAUCCGGGAUUGCCCCGACUCCGGAUGCGGACACGACACCCGAUCCGAGUUUCCCAGUGAUCGUGACGGUCUUCCCUGUCUCGACGAGUUCUUCUGCCGUGGUGUGAACGAGCCUUCGGAUGAGAUCGAUGUUUCUUGCCAGCCCGUCUUGUGAGGCGGCCAACAUACCGACGGCGGCAUAUGAGCUACGGCAGGCUGGGACUACAUUAAAGAUGGCCUUGUGGCGGCCUCCUCGCAGGGCACGCACGAUCAAGCAGGACAUAGAUCAAGGCCGCCUGUCUUUUCUUAUUUCGUUGGUUAUUGAGGGAGUCUUCCUGCCAAUGUUUGUGGACUACAGCACAACCAAAGUCAGUGCUUGAUCGGGCUUGAAGCCUCUACGAACUUGAUGAUCCAAUUCCCUCGUUCGAUCCAGAGCGACUAGGCAUGUCCUUCCACUGGAGAAGAGUAGAGGAUGAUAAUUGUCUUGAGGGCAGCCGGUUAGAAUGGUUUAGAUAGACAAGUUUGGUCACUGCAAAAUGCCGUCACUACAAUCCCAGAGUAUAUACAGUGGCCAUAUGCUCCCCCCUUCCCUCAAGACAAGGCACAUGACCAUUUCCCUCCAACCCCUUGUCCAAUGCUCGAUAUGAGGUCUUCGUAACAGUGGUGGUAUGAUCAAU